AGUUGUGGACUCGUCCAAAGCUAAUAAGCUGAUUGAAAAGUUGUCGAUUUCCCAAACGUCCCGCCAGGAUGCCCUGAUUAGGCCUGACCUCCUCCCACCUGGGUUAACUCCGAUAUUCGGUGUCGUUCGUGUUUGUGUUUCGCUCCCUGCUGACAUCUACUCCGUGUGUGGAGACCGGCAUGUGUCCGUAAAAUUUGGCGGGACGGAAUGCUGGUAAGGCCGGCCCGGUGUGUGAGUGGUUGUCGGUGUUGGUGCCCUUUCUCGUUGUCGACAAGCUGCGAAUUGUCGAGGGGAUCUGAUCGUUGCUGCUAGUGACAACAACAUGAUCAUGCUGCGAGCUGUUUUGACCGUUUUCAAACCUGGCAGAAUGCCUACGAGUUAAGUGAAGCAACCGUUGAAGCUAGAGAAAGAAACAACGUACAAUUCCUAUGCUGCACAAAACCGUACCUGUGGACUACUUUACAGUACCGUACUCGUAUGUUUGUAGUAUGUGACAUCAGAUCUUUCGAUCUGUCGUUUUAGCAUUGAGAUCAUUAUUUGCUUGAAGACCUAGAUGUGUUGAAGAUAAAAGGACUUCCUCUAAAACCUCAUGCCAACGAAACGAUUUCUUGUUUUAUGGAUUUAAGAAGAAUAGAGCCUUUAUCAGCUGUGCUAUACUGGUAGGGCUGAUCAACAAACACUUGUGGAUGGUUUAGACAACUUGAUCAUGUUGAUGCAAAAAAAAAAGAGAAAUAACAACUUGGUGCUGAAACCUUUUUAGUGAAGACAACUGAACUGGCCAGACUGGGCACAGUUCCUACCAUAGCUAGAGAGAGUUGGGGACCUUAGAUGAGGGGAACACACAUUGUGGAGGACUCAAGGUUGCACACAGUACGGACGUAACGCAACGCCCCAGGUGUAGGACCAAAGAUGGAUCUGUGCGGAUGUUUGGGAGGAGACAAGGACAUCCAGGUGCACAUCUGCCUGCUGGACAACACCGAGAUGGUCCUGACCAGGGAACGGGACGGAAUUAAGAAGUCCAGUAAGGGCCAGGUGCUCCUGGAUCUUGUCUUCAAGAAGCUGCACCUGUUGGAGAAGGACUUCUUCGGCCUGAGGUUCUUGGACAGUCAGGGUCAGACGCACUGGUUGGAGCCCACCAAGCCCUUUGUCCCUCAGUUGGAAACCGACCCGCCGUACCGGCUGUACUUUGGAGUGAAGUUUUAUGCGGAGGACCCAUGUAGACUUCACCAAGAAAUCACAAGGUACCAGUUUUUCCUGCAGGUGAAACAGGACAUACUGCAGGGACGGCUGCCGUGCCAGGCUAGCGAGGCGGCACAGCUGGCUGCAUAUGCUGUCCAAUCUGAGCUUGGUGACUUUGACCCCAGGAAGCACACGGGUAACUAUGUGUCAGAGUUCAGGUUCAUCCCUAACCAGACUGAAGAGAUGGAGAAACUCAUCGCCAACAAUCACAGAGAUCUGGUCGGACAGGUGCCGUCUGAAGCGGAGCUGAAUUUCCUGAGCCUGGGCAGGGUGCUGGAGAUGUAUGGGGUGGACUUGCACCAAGUCAUGGGUGACGACCAUGUACAGUAUUACUUGGGGCUCAUGCCCAGAGGGGUGGUCGUGUACAAGAACAAGACAAAAGUCGGCAUGUAUUUCUGGCCAAGAAUAACCAAAAUCUUGUUCAAGGAAAGGCAGUUUUUUCUCAGGGUCCGGACAAAAGAUGUAAGUGAAACACAUUAUUCUCUGAAGAUCUGA